AUGUCGACUAUCUCUGGCUCGGUUGGCGGAGCAGCACUGGGGAUGAGUACGCCCACAGGCACUGCACAGGUCAGUCCAGGUGCUCGUAUCCUGGCUCACUUGCCGAGUUCCAGUGGCCCAAAGCAGCAAGCAAGUCCCAGUGCUCAGCAGCCAGCACAACCGCCAAAUGCGUUGUCCACUCAACGGCCGAACAGUUCCGAUGCGUGCCCCACAAUCACUCAGUGCUUAAUGAUGUACCAUACGGGACGCGAUGAGGAAUUCAGCCGUAAGGCGAUCGAAAGUCUGAUUAAGAAGCUGAAGGAUAAACGUGAUGAGUUGGACGCGUUAAUCGCCGCUAUCACAUCGCAUGGGAAGAUUUCAUCGAAAUGCAUCACGAUCCAGCGCACUUUAGAUGGGCGACUGCAGGUAGCUGGCAGGAAGGGCUUCCCGCAUGUCGUCUACGCACGUAUUUGGAGGUGGCCUGAUCUACAUAAGAAUGAGUUGAAGCAUCUGCCGAUUUGUCAGUGUGCGUUUGAUUUGAAAUGUGAUCUUGUAAGAUUUUUGAAUCUUAUUGCGCAUGACUUCAUACGUACGAUUGAGUGGUUGCAGGUUUGCGUCAACCCAUACCACUACGAACGUGUUGUUCCUCCGGGUAUUGGUACUCUGGACCUGUCGAACCUGAAAAUUGGGCAUCGUUCAGCUUCGCAGGACAGCUCGACCUUAAUAUCACCAAGAAGCACAGAAACUUGUGAAGAUGUAGUGAAGUGA